AUGCUGCAACUUGUACCAAAAAGUUGCUGCGGAAGCCGGAAAGUGAGCUGCACGGUAAGUGAAAAGUUCCCGCGCCACGCUCGCGCCCGGGCCCUCCCGCGCGGCCGCGCUCGCGCCAACACGCGGCGCCAACGCCAGCGCCCUCCCGAGCCGUCCCACGCCACGCCCGCCACCGCGCUGACACGCGGCGCCAGUGCCAGCGCCCUCUCGCGCAGCCGCGCCACGCCAUCGCCCGCGCCCACAUGCGGAUGCAUCGGUGCCAACGUCUCUUCAAUCUCAUCCCCUCCCGAUUCCCGAAGUAGCCCUUUGCCAGCGGCGGCACGAACCAGCGGCACCCAUCCACCGCGAAGAGCAGCUUGGUGCGCUGCUCCGAGUCCGGGGCGAGCCCGAGCGCGCGCCGCGUCGUCCGCGCUCGACUUCGCCGCCACAGCCGCCGCGCAGGCGCCUGACGUCGCCACGGCCUCUGAGCACGCGCGCCGCGGCUCCGCGUCGUCCGCGCUCGACUUCGCCGCCACAUCCGCCGUGCGCGCGCCUGACGCCGCUCUGCAUCGCAGCUUCGUGUCGUUCGCCGGAGAGCGCGUAGCAGUAGCAGAUGUUGCUGCGGUACUGGAGCGAGGCGCUGAACCUGAGCCCUCCACCGCUGGCGCCACGUCGGGCACGUCGUCGUCACCUCCGGAGACUCCUGACGAGGCACACACACAGCAAACGCGCGAGCUCCCGUGCCGGGCCCGUACCAGCCCGGCACGAUGA